GCGCCGCCUUCUUUCAAACUCUUGUACUUCGCUAUGUGUUAUGACGGUCGACAGACCAGUAGUUAAUAAUUUGUUUAAUAGUUCCUCUGUAAUUAGUGACAGAAGUGCGCGGUAUUAGGUGAUGGAGUUCAGCAGACUGACCAGGUGGAGGAGGAGGAGGAAGAAGAAGACGACGACGACCACAACCGCAGCAGCAACAUUUUGUACACACGUUUACGAGUCUGCUGAGGGGUGAAAGACGCACAGCUGUAGUGAUGACUGCUGACAAAAUGGAGGAUCCUGGGAAGGAGCAGGGUGUGUCCAAUGGGGCGGUGUAUGACGAAAUGGAGGCGGAAGAUAAUUUGAGUCCUGAGGACCUAUCAGAGAUGCUGGCUGCAGGAACCAAAGAAUCUCAUGAAAAGGCAGAGAACACAAAGUUUGUUAAAGACUUUCUCAGGGGCCGCAUCCCCAGGGAGCUCUUUAAGUUAGGUGCAGUGGCCCUGUACUUCACCUACACAGCCAUGGAGGAGGAGAUUGAACGGAACCGGGAUCACCCGCAGUUUGCCCCGCUCUACUUCCCUGCCGAGCUUCACCGGCACGAGGCACUGGCCCGUGAUCUGGAAUACUUCUACGGAGGGGACUGGAAGAGCCAGAUUAGCUGCUCCCCAGCCACACAGCGCUAUGUGAAGCGCAUCCACGAGGUCGGCCAAAGCGACCCGGUGCUGCUGGUGGCUCAUACGUACACGCGCUACAUGGGGGACCUGUCUGGUGGCCAGGUGCUGAAGAAGGUGGCCCAGCGGGCAUUGAAGCUGCCACCCACAGGUGAGGGCCUGUGCUUUUAUGAGUUUGAAGGCAUUCACAGCGCUAAGGCUUUCAAGCAGCUAUACCGCAGCCGUAUGAAUGAACUGGACCUGGACGAGCUGACCAAGGAGAGGGUUGUGGCUGAAGCGAACCUGGCCUUCACGUUCAACAUGGAGGUGUUUACUGAGUUAGAGGAGCUUGGGAAGACUCUUCCAGAAGAUGUAGUAGAUGGUGACGUUCCUGCCCAUGGAGACAUGCAAGGAGACAUCAGGAAAUGCCCUUAUUAUGCAGCCAAAAUGGCGGCUUCUGGAGGAACUAGCUAUGCCUGUCGGGUGGCCAUGGCCUUGCUCAGGAACCCCACGGGCCAAGUCCUAUUGGCUACCUGUGUGGCUGCCGUUGCUGGUUUGGCUGCUUGGUACCUCAUGUGAUUUAACCCAGCCGGCUGCAUCCCUGCUAGGAUUGGAGACCCGAAGGAAGGAAGGGACAAGGACUGGAAGCAGAGGCAGGGUUUUAGACCCCUACGUGUCUCCUGACCACUUGGAUGUGAACCUAGGUUUAACAGACUCCAACUUGUUCCCUUUCUGCCUCUCUGUCUAUUAGACACUUAGUCUUGCUGCCCACAGUACUUUUUAUUUCAUAUGGUCCAACUCCUGUUCCCUUCUUUUCAAAGAAACGGUUCUUUUGUGAUGUUAACGUGUUUUAAUUUAGAAAAUAUAAAUUGCAGUGAAUUUCUCGUAUAUCUCAUAGAAUCUGGAAUUGGGACUGCCAAAAUGGAUUUCUCAUCUGAGGAAUUCUUGUUCUUGUCAGUGUUGAAAAAUAGGUUUUAUAAACUUGCACUUGUAUUUCAUCAGACUCUGUUCAUGGUAAAAACUGAGCAAGCAAUUUGUAAGAAACCCAAAUUAUUAGCCUAGAGCAAUAAGUGUAGUUGCUUAGCCCUUGGAAAAUUUUAGGAUUUCAUGUGAUUCUUUUUAGGUUCAGUUUUGAGCCAGUUUUUCCACAUGACUUCAGAGCUACAUUCAUGUUUGGAGCAGAAAUGUUUCAGACAUUGCUAUGAAUGUACAGCUUCUAGUAAGUGGUGGGCUCUGCCAUUAAUAGCAAGAGAGGUGUGAGAACUGUUACCAUAAACCUGUGGGUAGAACAGACUGGACAGAUUGAUAACUGCUGCAUGAAGUCCUUUAGGGUAAACUGUACCCUUCAGGUGUGGUGGUGUUACAGCUUUGUUAUUCAUGACUAAAGCAGAAGUGUCCACAUAGAGACCUACAUAGACAUUGUCAACACAAUGCAAUUAUGUCCACUUUAAACUAUUUUCUGCUUAUUUUAUCACACCCUUCUUAGAAACAUCAACUAUCAUUAAGCUGUCAUCAGGACUGAUGCUUGUGAUCAGUUGUCCUGUAUCAUAUUUUUUGUAAAAUUAUUGGUUUUAUGUAAUGAUCACAGUAAACAGACCUGGAUUAUGACAGACUGCUGAACUAUUUCUCCAUGUCUCAGAUGCAAAAAAGAUUUUAAACAAGGGAUAUUCACAUAGGAUUUUCUUAUGAUUUUAUGCAGCAGACAUUACAUUUAAAUUUGUUUAGCAGAUACUUUUCUCCAAAGUGAUGUACACUUCAGAGAAUGAGUGCAUUAGAUCAACACGAGAAAUUUGGAUGCAGACACAUGAUUCCAGAGUAGUCAGUUUGCCACAUUCCACUAUAUGAACCAGUGUACGUCACACACGUAGCUGCAUAAAGGUGUUGUCAUGCUUUUCUUAAACUUUAGAUCUUAAGUCAAAAUCUGGUACUAAGUAGGAAUUUUGCUGUCAUUUGUUUCUGUAAGGGUGGCCACUUUAUCACCACCACCAUGUGCACUGGAUGCACUUGAGAAGGAAAGUAACAUUGUGUGACUGACUGAUAUUCUGCAGCGUGGCUUUUUUUUUUUUUUUUUAAACAGCUUAACAUUUAAAAGAUAAGGUAAAAAGAGGAAGAGCAUUGCUAUCUGCUUAUAACUAUAGUGAGGUAGAGCAUGAGGGCUGUAGGGCUCCGCUUGGCACAGGGGGAGUUUAUGCAUUGUACUGAAGGGCUGGAAAAUGUUUACCUAUUUUCUGAAAAUGGAAUCAGCAGAGUGGUCCAAAUGAACUGGAUUACCAAGAGUUUAUGGAUAUAAUGAGGACAGUGUUUUCCCAAAAGUGUAUCCCCCACCCUGUAAGGGCAGACUGGUAUUAAGGUCAAAAAAGGAUCAUUAUUGACACUUGAAUUUGACAAGUUUGACUGACAUCAAGCUUCUAGUUUUUUAUGCAUGCUUUUCACAUUGAAGGUAGUAUUUCAACUUAGAAUAAGCAAACCCUUCAAGUCACAUAUUGGGGAAUGGCUGUACCCUGGUUGGGAUCUCAUGGUACCGCACUGGCUAUUCGGUGGGAAGAGAAUCGGGUGGAUGAGAUGUCUGAGUUCCCCUCUUCUUUUCACUCAUCUGUGGUCAGCCAGGCAUUCACAGCGCUGCCACUAGAAUUAAGUCUAGUUACAUAGUCUGAAGUUUGCAGCCCAGACAGUGGUUCGUUGCAUGCGCUAAGGCAGACGAGUGUGCUUGUGCUCACCUUUUCUGAGCAGGCUCUGGCUUCACCCUUUGGGAGGAUAAAUUGCUAAGACUACAUAGGGAGUGAAGGGGUAAAAAAAUGUGUAAAAAAAGUACUAGGUAGAUGGAUUGCAUGAGCCAUAAGGAAAAAGUAUAUCUUGGAAGCAGUUGCUUUAUGUGGAAUAACCAGCCACAGUGUCACAUGGUUAAGAUCACUAGUACAUACUUUUUCUGCACAAAAAAAAUAGUUUGCACUUUUCUUUGGAGCAGGUGCAGAAGUACGUAGUAGUGUAUUUACGUUCAUUCAAAGAGAAACUGUGCUCUACUUCAUCUAUAAGCUGCAGUUGUGCUGUAAUAUGCAUGGUGUUUCCUUGUGAUAAGUGGUUUUCCGAUGCGUGGCAAAGCCUGCGUAUCACAGCCAUGAGGAGAAAAGCACAGCUAAUAUUGAAAUAAUUCUUUUGA